GGCACACCGUAAGAUAGCCGACCUACUAUAUAAACAAGCAGAAAGGAAAACCCUAGCCCUUCGCAGCGCAGAGAGAGCCCUACACUUUACAGAGCGGAAGCAGAAGCAUUUCGGCCGCCGAUCUGCCUCUUCCGAACAACCAAACAUGAAGUUCAACAUUGCCAAUCCCACCACUGGGUGCCAGAAGAAGCUCGAGAUCGACGAUGACCAGAAACUUCGUGCUUUCUACGACAAGAGGAUCUCUCAGGAAGUUAGUGGAGAUGCUUUGGGCGAGGAAUUCAAGGGCUAUGUGUUCAAGAUCAUGGGAGGAUGUGACAAGCAAGGUUUUCCGAUGAAACAGGGAGUUCUGACUCCCGGCCGUGUUCGUCUUUUGCUUCACCGAGGUACUCCUUGCUUCCGUGGGUAUGGCAGGAGAAACGGAGAGAGGAGGAGGAAGUCUGUCAGGGGUUGCAUUGUCAGCCCUGACCUCUCUGUUCUGAACUUGGUGAUUGUGAAGAAGGGUGAGAAUGAUCUCCCUGGUUUGACUGACAUUGAGAAGCCAAGGAUGAGAGGUCCCAAGAGGGCAUCGAAGAUCAGGAAGUUGUUCAACCUUUCAAAAGAAGAUGAUGUUCGCAAAUAUGUGAACACCUACCGUAGGACCUUCACAACCAAGACUGGCAAGAAUGUGAGCAAGGCUCCCAAGAUUCAGAGGCUGGUGACUCCCCUGACACUUCAGAGGAAGCGCGCAAGGAUUGCAGAUAAGAAGAAGAGGAUCGCUAAGGCCAAGGCGGAAGCCGCUGAGUACCAGAAGCUUCUCGCUACAAGGUUGAAGGAGCAGCGCGAGAGGCGCAGUGAGAGCUUGGCCAAGAAGAGAUCCCGGCUGUCUGCUGCCUCGAAGCCCUCUGUUGCUGCUUAGGUUGCAGUAGCUCGAUUUUGGAGUCAAAUAUGGUUCCCCAUUUCGACAUACAUAGGUUAAGUUGAAUUCGACUUGAUGAGAAGUUGGAACAUGGCUGUUUAUUUUCUUUUAUUGUUGAGUAUUAGCUUCUGAUGGAUUUUGGGCUUUUGUCGAAAGAAGACUCGUUUACUCUAUUAGCCUAGCAGGUUGAGACGUUGAAUGAAUUUUUGCUGUGCUGUGUUGAGAUCUA